UAAUAUCAGGUAACCAGGAAGGCUAUUCGAUGAUAAAAGUGGAGGUUGAGCUCUUUUGAUACCGUCGACUAUGGUGUGUUCUAUUUCCCAAUGCUUGCAGGCUACCAAGGUGUACUGUGCAGAAUACAUGGCAUGAUGCAUAAACGGCGUAAACAUAUGCGCUUUGAGGAGGUGUGUCUAAAGACUGAUAACACAGGUCUACGACAGCCUCAGGAAAAUAGAGGAUGAGAGGGGGACAAACGAACCGUGGGGUACUUUGUCUGAGAAACUGAGAAAUUCUAGUUCUCAGCCAUGGCAUCUGCAACUGACGCGUCGAAGCCCAAGACUUCUCCAAAAUCCGUCAAGUUUCUUUUCGGUGGCCUGGCCGGCAUGGGGGCGACAGUGUUCGUGCAGCCUCUGGACCUGGUGAAGAACCGCAUGCAGCUGAGUGGCCAGGGCUCCAAGGCGCGCGAGUACAAGACCAGCGGCCACGCUCUCAUCAGCAUCCUGAAGAAUGAGGGGGUGUCCGGCAUUUACACUGGUCUGUCUGCAGGGCUACUGCGCCAGGCUACCUACACCACCACACGUCUAGGUAUCUACACGGUGCUCUUUGAGAGCACCACGUCAGCCGACGGCACCCCGCCCUCCUUCCUGCUCAAGGCUCUCAUCGGCAUGACGGCCGGAGCUGCGGGCGCAUUCGUGGGCACACCGGCAGAGGUGGCACUCAUACGCAUGACGGCGGACGGACGGUUACCACCGGAGCAGAGACGCGGUUACAGUAAUGUAUUUAACGCCUUAGUGAGGAUCUCAAGGGAAGAAGGAAUCACCACACUAUGGAGGGGCUGUAUUCCCACCAUGGCAAGGGCAGUGGUUGUCAACGCAGCUCAGCUCGCCUCUUACUCACAGUCUAAACAAGCUCUUCUGGACUCAGGGUACUUCCGUGAUGACAUCCUGUGCCAUUUCACUGCCAGUAUGAUCAGCGGUUUGGUCACCACGGCUGCCUCCAUGCCGGUGGACAUAGUCAAGACAAGGAUCCAGAGCAUGAGGACCAUCGAUGGGAAGCCGGAGUAUAAGAAUGGCCUGGAGGUGUUGGUGAAGGUGGUCCGCAAUGAAGGCUUCUUCAGUCUAUGGAAGGGCUUCACCCCCUACUACGCUCGUCUGGGCCCCCACACCGUCCUCACCUUCGUCUUCCUGGAGCAGAUGAACAAACUCUACAAGCGCUACGUGCUGGAUUCCUGAAGCAUAUUCCGGAACCGGAACCAUCAUCAAAAUUAGAAUUAGAAUCAGAAUGAGUUCACACUUUGAGAGUCGAUUUAACAUUGAGUGUAUUUGGUCCCAGAGCACUCUCUACUGAACGUGUUGAAUUGGCUAUGCACUUUUUACUGUGUUGUGACCAAGGACAGGGAUUUUGUGUCCAGUAUACUGUGCGUCUCGAUUUCCUGAAGCACACACAGAACCAGAAUAAGAAUGAGAAUCGCCUCUAUUGGCCAAAUACAGGGAAUUUAUAUAGUAAGUCCAGUACGGUUUCCUGAAGCACC